AUGGCUUAUUUUGGAUGGUGCAUGGUUUAUGACUCAUUUGAGCUAUGUUGCGUAAUUAACAUUAGCUUAUUGCUUUUCAGAGGAUUGUUCCUGAUGGUGGCUUUAGAAUUCAUCAGCAGAAAAAACUAUGUUCAAGAAUUGAAUGAAUCAAGGCAAGAGCUGCUCAAUAGAAUUCAGAAUUUGAAACAGGAUCUACAAAGUUGGAGGUCCAAGUUGGACACUCAGGUUAAGGUCUACCGUGAUGAGCUUUCAGAACUCAAGAAAUCCCUCAAUGUUGAAGUAGAUCAGCUUCGAUCAGAAUUUCAAGAUUUGAGGACUACUCUGCGGCAGCAACAGGAGGAUGUUACUGCCAGCUUAAAAAACCUUGGGCUUCAGGAUGUUCCUGUGGAAAAUAAAGAGACUGUUGCUCCUAAGAUUGAAGUCAAGGAUGAAAAAGAUCAGGAUUUACCCAAGGAGGAAAAUAAGGAAGAGGUUAAUAGCUAGAUUAUGUUCGGCAUCAUCAUGUCUGUUUCUGAGCUUAUUAGCUCAGACGUGUGAACGCUUGAGUGGCAACUAGUUAUAUUGUCAGGAAGGGUUUCCAGUCAGUUUGUCUAGAAAUAGGUGAAGCUCUCCUCAGAAGUACUUAAAUCCAAUGAACAUACGUCUAGCUGCCUCUCUAGCUAGGCUGUUGUAAUUUGUAUUAUUUUCCCUAU